UCCGUGACAGGUGUAACUUAACAGGAAACUGGAAUGUGUAAUCCGUGCCCUUUGGUGUAUGUGGUCGCUGCUGGAUUUUAUGUUUUGAAAAUAGUGGCGGUGAUAGGUGUUUGAAGUAUGGAAGGUCUGAGCCAUGAAGAAAAGCUGCGGCUCAGUGUUCUUAGAGAUGUUUCCAAAAUAUGUCAAGAGGUGGGAGGACAAAUAAAAAUGGAGCUGGAAAAAGAUGUUAUCAAUCUCAUUGGUGAACUCAUCUGGAAAAAAAUGCGUGUGAUCAGCCAAGACUUGGAACAUUUUGCAAAGCACGCUAAACGUACCACAAUUAAUGCCGAGGAUGUAAAACUUCUUACAAGAAGAAAUCCUUCUCUGGUAAAUUUACAACGGGCAACAGUGUGUGAAAUGGCCGAUAAGGCAGCGAAGAAAAAGCGCCAAGGCAAAGAAAAAGCUACAGAGGAGUUAUCUUGAGUUGGGUAAAACUUUACAAGGAAGUACUAUCAUGUUAAGAGUGUGAAUUUUGAGAUAUAAGCUCGUUGCCAUUCAAGCAUGAAAGCCAUCUAGUGAAUGAAGUUAAUGGUAUGUGCUACUAAAUAAAUUUCAUUCUAAGGACUUAUAAGAGAUAAUGCUUAAAUUCUGACAUUUUACUUGAAGGUAUAAAUUAUCCUGUUGAUUCAUUAAAACACACAGCAGAAUGUGUGCAUGUAUAACAUUUAUGUAGAUGGAAUGUAAACCUUUUUGAUUCAAGUAAAUCCUUUUUCACCUAAACUGAA